GAUCGCUGCUCACUGUCAGAGACAUCGCAGUUUUCACAUCCAGAACUCUUCGUGAAGGCCGAAAACGUGGACUACUUUGACAAAAUUUGCGAUCCAGUGGCAGCAGAGAAGCGUACUGAAUCGAUUGCAGAACGUGAUGUGGUUGUUGAAGGAGUGACAUCGAACUCGAUUGAAGACGAAGAGCAGCAAGACGACGACGAUCGCGUGACGUCGUUGAGUCUAGCUGAUGUCGAAGAAGUGUCCAAGGCGGUCGAACCUGUAGCGAGCUCGACCCCGUCGAGUAAUCUCAAAUCAAACGUUGUCGAACAAAAGGAGGCGCAAGCUGAAGGCGUUGUCAUUGACGACACUGCUGAAUUUCAGAGGGACCAGCAAACUCCUGUGAAAGCAAGUAGCGGUGAUGAAAUGGUGGAGCAACACCAUGAAAACUUUGCCACCUGUCGCACAGAGUUUACGAACGCCACUGAAGUAGAGCUGCACAUACCAUUUCCGGAAAGCGACGAUCCUGAUCCAAGAUGUCCCGGCACUGAGAUUGCACCGUCGAUAUGGUCUUUCUCGGUCGUCAUACAGAAGAACGAGAUCAAUGCCCCGUCCUUGGUCACAUCGGUGGACCGGGUCUUCAACGUUACCUGUAACUACGUUGACCUUCUUGGACGAAGUGCAAGUUCUUCCCCGUCUUCAAUCGGCGAAACUACUGAAACGAAGCCUUCAAGAAUUGAGCUGGAAAUACUCCGGAAUGGGCGAGCCGUGACUACUGUUCCACUUGGUGACGAGGUCGAGCUGCGAUGGAGAAUAUUGGAGCAGUCACCUGGUCAUGGCUACUUUGUGGAUAGCUGCAUUGCCGAACGAGUUGGAGGCGCCCCUCCACAUCCUGAACCACUCAAUAUCAUUAAGCGAGGGUGUCCUGAUGAGAAAAUCAACAAUCGCCUCAUCAAAUCGCCGAUC